ACUGAGAUUUUCUUGCCUCGCGAGAUCCACCAGCAGCGCACACUCGCAGCCAGCUUUCAUGUCGCGAUGGCGUCGCGGCCGCUCGUCGCUGCUCCUGCUCCUGCUCCGUCGAGCCUUCCUCCUCGCAGCCGUCUCCGCCGCCGCCCUCUUCCUUCUCCUCAGCCACCAGGGCCCUGACCCCUACUCUUCGUCUCCCGACUUGGCCUUCUCGGAACAGCUCUCCGUUGACCCGCCUCCCUUCUCGGAAGAGCUCCCCGUGGACCCGCCUCCCGCCUCGGCCUUGCCGGAAGAGGUCUCCGGUGAACCGCAUCCGGCCUCGGCCUCCUCGGCCGAGCUCCAUGCCGUGCCGCCUCACGCGACGGCUGGUUCGGAGGGAGGGGGCGGCGGGCCAACGUGCGCGACGGUGGAGGAGAUGGGGGAGGAGGCCGUCGGCGGGGGGUCGACGGAGGCGGCCAGCCUCCGCGUCCGCGAGCUGAUUCGGCGCCACUUCCUGCUCCACGGCGCUGCGAGGGUUAGGUCGCUGCCUGCAGCUGAGUUCUGCAAACAAGGCUUUGUGUUGGGGAAAGCAUCUGAAGCUGGGUUUGGCAAUGAGAUGUACAAGAUAUUAACGGCAGCAGCUCUGAGUGUUAUGUUAAACCGCUCCCUGAUCAUCGGCCAAACCAGGGGAUUAUAUCCGUUUGGACAGUACAUUUCCUAUACUGACCACUCAUUUACUACUGGAGAAAUCAAGCAUUUAUGGAGGAAAAAUCGAUGUGCCCAAACAUAUGGCAGAGAUCUGAGCGUGAGGGUAGACAAUUUUGAGAAUCCAUCAGAGACCAAUGUUCUUUGUAGUGACUGGAAUAGAUGGAAAGAUCCAAUCAUCUGGUUUGAUGGCACAACAGAUGCGGUUGGAAUCCAGUUCUUUCUGAAGAAUGUUCACCCUGAAAUCAAAACUGCUGCUUUAACAAUUUUUGGAUCCCUAGGCACGUUACAUGCCAGGCCUAAUACAUUCGGGGAACUUAUGCGAGUGAUCAUAUCUCCCUCCCAGAUAGUCCAGAGAGCAGUUCAGUGGGCGUCGAAGGGUUUCAGUCCAGAUAUUGUUCUGCACAUGCGGAUGAUGGCCAAUAGGCCAGUACGAGCAAGAACUGCUGCAGUUAGUUGUAUUCAGAGAGCUAUACAGAUUUCUGGCUUAAAGGGUACACCUCGGGUGGCAUUGAUCUCGGACACACCAUCAUUUGUCAAGGAGAUGAAGCAAGAGAUCAGUGAGUUUGCAGAGGUAACUUAUUUUGAUUACAAGUCGUUUGCCAAGAGUUUUGACCUAGAGAUGAAUGGAAAAGACAAGCCUUUGGACUUCCGUUCACGAGACUGGGGAUCAGCUCCAAGGUGGGCGGCCUUCGUUGAUUUCUUCCUGGCCUCAAGCGCAACUCACACGGUCGUCACCGGAGCGCAUCGACGUGUGGGAACGACCUACGCGCAGCUCAUCGCAGCACUGGCCGCAGCAAACAGACAUGGUCACGAGCCCUCGGGUGCGAACUUCACGUUCCUGAGCAGCGUCCACAGCAACCUGCUGGUCGACGGGCUGUCGACGCAGGCCGGCUGGGGCCACGCCUGGAGCAGGUACGCGGGGCCCCUUAGCUGCCCGCGCCAGGCGCACCAGUGCGCCCUGACCCCGCUCCUCCCGCACGCGUGGUGGGACGGCCGGUGGCGGAGCCCCACCGCCAGGGAUGUCAGGAGGCUGCUGGGCUACGGCGUUUCAUUGUCGGACACCGGGGAGGUGGACGAGGAGCGGCUCGCGUCGCACUGCCGGUCGAGGAGAGAUCAUGUGAAGAGGUUUCAUCUUCUCCCACCGCACAAGGGUUGAGCGAUGAUGCUUUUGGAGAGAACCGCUGGGACACUCCGUUUGAGUUGGUCCGGUUACACGAAAGGAGCCGAUGUAGUAGUAGUAGUAGGCGAGAACGGUCAGGGAUUUUGAUAAUGAAUUUGUGGUGCACAUCUGAUGGUUACAGUUUUGGUAGGCUGCUGUGCAAUGCUGGUGGUAUACGGAAGGUGUCAUGUAAGGGAUUUAGUAUGGCUUUGUUCCAAUACAUGUGGAGCAUACCCUACCAUA